UGCUCCUGCUCUGUUUGUGGGGCUCAGUAUGCAGAGAGGGGAUGCAGCAGCCACCAGUCACCCCCCACUCUCCAUCCAUUUGCCCCCUUCCUCCCAUCUGCCCUCCCUCUCUCAAGCUUUCCAUUAACUUGCCACCCUCCCUCGACUCCUCACCUGCCUCCCUCUCCUCCCUCUCUUUCGUAGCGGUUCCUCAGUGCGGACCAGGAGCCGUCCUACCUUCAGCAGCCGUGCAGGAUGUGAGGGAAGCAGUCAGGUCUUCAGGAUGGUAGCAGGGUGUGUGAGUGUGUCUGAGGACAGCAGCAGCAGCAGACAGCAGCAGUCAUGGAGGUGGAGGGCACUACGGAGCCAGCGUUUGUGGACGUGGACCAGGGCCUGACUCUGGCCUGCAUCGCCUUCCUCUGCCUGCUGCUGGUGGCCAUGAUCAUCCGCUGCGCAAAGGUCAUCAUGGACCCCUACAGCGCGAUCCCCACCUCUACAUGGGAGGAGCAGCACCUCGACGAUUGACAUGUACAGUACAUCUGCAUUAUGUGUGUCCUCUCCAGGCAACUGUACUUGACAAACCAGCAAAGUCUACACACAAGAAAAAGAUUCUUCAAGGGUUCAGUAGUGAGGCAUAAUUACAAAAUCACAAUCCAAUCACUUCCAAAAUUAAAAAAAACAUGUUAAAUAUUUUCUUUUAAGAGUUCCACUUUAGAGCAUUUCAGUUAGUUCUAAAAUGAUGGAGAAACACUCACACACUCACACUCACACUUCCCGGCACAGAACUUCUUUUUUCUUGAAUACACAUUCUUGGGUUCUUGAUACUUCCUGAAACAGUUCUUUAUAGGGUUCUAUAAGGGUUCUUUAUAGUCCCACAGAGCAUUCUGCCAUGGUAAAGGUAGAAACACCCUCUCUGGUACUAUACAGAACAUUUCGGUUCACAGUACAGAAAUACAUACAGGCAUGAACAUGAAAAUCUACAUGUAUGGUAAGAAGCAUAUUGGGAGGACGAAAUAUAAAGAUUGUUUUAUCCACUCAUGGAUUGACUAGGAGGAGAAAGAAAGUGGGGAGCUGCUGGGAUUGCAUUGAUGGAAGGGACACUAUUACAACUACAGAGUAAAGCACAUAAACUUGGCUUUUUGUAUCUACCUAGAGAUGUCUUCAGGAGCCCUAGGGCUGCCUUACAUUCCCGUUGGACAAACAGACACAAUCAGUAAUGGCAAGUGGCUGCCAUCCUCGACUGAUCGCACUUUCCCUUUACAUCUGUACAGACUGGAGUGACGAAUUAGCGAAAGAUAAACACGAAGAGGAGAAGUCACAAAACUGGUAAAGUCUUGGUCACACGAUUGUAAAAUAGAACAAAGAAUGGAAGUGGCCCAAUGAGGGGGAAAAAGUGUCUGAAAUUAAUGGUGUUACUUGUUAGCCUAACUAGAAACAUAAUUCUGGUUUAUUACAACCUGAUUCAUGGUAGUUUUUGUAAUCACUGAGAUCAGUAAUAUUAGCAUAGGAGCAAGUUGAUUGCUGAGAUCUGGGAACAUGGCGAAUCACGCUAAAGAACAAGAAAAUGAUCAGCUUUACUGUCUGUUAGAAAGUGCAAACAUCCAUCACAGUUUCUACAACUACUUCCUGCUUCAGCUUUAACCUACAGUACAGCAAUAUUUCUUUCCCAGGAUGGCAAAGUCAUGACAUUAACUUAUUUAAAACUUUACUUAUUGCUUAGCUCACUGUUCUGGACUUUUUUGUGAUAUUUCAUUACAACCAUUAUCAUUUCUGUUUUUCUAUUGGUGUAUUAAUAGUAUAGCUGAUCAUAACUAUGAAAAUAAGACCCAGGUUGUGAGAAACCAGAACCAUCCUAUCAUGGAAUACACACAAGCUUUGAAGAGAUUGGCCACUUUGAUCAAGUUGGCCAUUAUGUGUUGACAAUAUACUGUAGGCAUUAGCAUACAGUUGUGGUUGAUAAAGUGUACAAAUGGAGACUAUGGUUUUGCUGUACACAGUGGAUGGCAGUGUGGCAUGGAGCUUUAAGGGCAUUCCACAAUUUACAAGAAACAGAUGAAACAAUCACUCAAACAUUUAAUGUGAACUUAAAGAUUAAACUGAGCAAAAACCAGAACCAGAACUUGAGGAUUUCCAUUACAUGGCCAUUUUAAAGGGGCACUCCAUUGAUUUUAUGUGUCGAAAUCAGUUUGCUAGUCAUAGGGAAUAGUAGUCAGCCUUUCAGUCAUAUAGCAAGUCCAAUGUCACCUCCAAGCUAGCUGCUGUAUUACUAGCCUCUGUAACUCAAUUCAAUCUAUGAUUGAGUUAGUUUGAUUAACAUGUUCUUGGGCUUUAGUAUCCAUAUUCUAAGAUAAAUGAAUACCUACGAAAGUACUGAAAGUAAGUUUCAGGAUUGUGAAUUUUUAACUGGUUAUGAAACAGUCUCAAUUUCAUACCGAUGUCUCUGUAUGACUUACAUAAACAAAAAAUAGUCAGCAAGAAGAUUUCUGGCUAUUUCUGUAUUCCUAAUGCUGACACUGGGCUGGAUUCCCCUUGAGAUCAAUUAAACAAGACGGUGGUGCUGCUGUUUUUGUCCACAGGGGCCGCCAGAAUUAACACAAAAUGAAAGCUACUUGUGCUUUAAGUCAUUGUAAGUUGUUUUUUUGCCAAAUAUCUACCGACACUCUUUGAAUUUAUUUAUUUCCAACUAGCUUUAAUCACUACCGUCUAAAAACACCUACACCAUUCAGCCCUCUCUUCCCUGCUGUUAUUACAGACAUGUCAAAAUUAGCCACAGACACAUAACGAUGAUUUUUAACCCAAUAUGGUGUAUUUUGAAUUGUCUUCCUUGUGUGGACAAACUGAAUGAACUGCACCACUUAAUGUUGAGUCGGGUAAUGCUCCAGUGCUUCUUACUUCUGGAACAGAACCUAAAAGUUCUGGUGUCAUUCUGUAAUUUCUCAUGUGGCUCUGAAGGAGUUCUGUUAAGUCAGGGAGAAAAUAACCCUGACGAUGGCAUCAGGAUUAUAUCCCAAAUUUCCCGUCUGGGGGAUCAAUAAAGGAUUAUCUUAUCUUAAGAUGGGCUUUGAAACAUGGAGGAUGGGUCUAUCGAAAUACGCUAUUAAAUUGCCUUAUGGGAAGUGUAGGAUCCUGGGUUUUUGGAGCUUGAUCCAUACUAGGUUUUUCAGCCUGUGCUUCUGUUUAUGCAAGUGCAAUACCAAAUCACUGGAGUGUCCCUUUAAAUCAUACAAGAUAUCAGUAAAAUGUAGGGAGGCCUUUGUCAGUUGAUUUCAUUGUAAGCUAGAUUUUGUAUGUUUUAUAAAGAAUUAUGACUUUCUUAAAGGACUUGAUCGACUUGUAUUUGCCUGAGAUUCAGUGUCUGAGUAAACCUAUUGAGCAUUAACGCUCAGACAAUCUGUAGCCUUUUAGCCUUUGGAGUAGCAGUCAUGCUUGAUUAUGUGCUACUGCCACAGCAUGUCCUCUCCUGUUGCUGUAAAAAAUGCACACACAUACAAAGGCAAAACUACAAAAUCAUCUCAUGUUGUCCGAUACGUUAUGUCCGAUACGUUAUGGCUCACAGCAGUAUGAACUAUUACACCCUGCUUCUGUUCAUAAAUUGGCCUUGUUUGCUUUGCCUGUUUCAGCCAAUAGUUUAGAACAAACUGAGGUAUUCUUGUUGCUGUUAAUUGAAUCUGUCUCUGACUUAUGUAUCUGCCUAGACAGCAUUAAUCAUGAAAUGACAGUCAGUUGCAUGUUCUGAAGUGCCUAUGCUUACAGUAAAUCACAGAAGAGCCAUUUAGCACAAUGCUGAGUUCCACAUCAGCCCCUGAGUCCCUUUACCUGGAAUUCCUUGGACAAAUUAACAUAUUUUGGAUGGUAAAACAGCACAUUAUGCUUCUCUUAAGGCAGAAGGGUUAAAUAGCUGUGCUUAUUCCUUUUCCGGGAAUCUCAGAUAUCAAGGAAAAACAGUGAAGGUGCAUGGUGGUGGGGGUCAGUGUGGAAGCCAGCAGUUUACUGAUACGCUUGACUUAAAAAUUGAGUGGAGGUUAUUAAAUAACCUAUUUAAUAUGCUGUCUAAUCAUGUGGUGAAGCACCCUAGUUUUGCAGUACUGCAGAGUGGAGAAGACUGAAAUGCAUUGCCCAAUGCCCACUGGACACGGCUGCAUCGCGUUCUGGCUACAUACACAGCUCUGUUCUCUGCUCCACUAUUUUUAUGCUCCAGCUCUAUUGUUGCUGGAGCAACUCGCCUUCCUAAUUAACUGUGAAUGUGUAAAAAUGCCUCUGUUUAUUGGACGUUGACAUAGAUGCAUUUCCAUUUCCUGAGGAUGGAGAGCUGAGAUGAGAGAAAAAUAUGUGUUUAAAUAUUUCUCUGCUGUAGUCAAGUAUCCUGACGGUGCUUGAUGGUUACACAGAACCAUCUGGGAAGUCAUCAUUGGAAAAGUUUGGAAAAGGGCUGGCACUUUCAAAAAUUACAGGUGAUUAGAUCUAAACAUCUGUCUAUCACUGUUUAUCAUGGGUGAACUUCAACCAAUCAGAUCAAUGAACCAUAUAAUGUAGUCAAACUUUUACUAAAGAUAGUCGGAAGGAGAGUGAAAACAUCUUUUACAUCAUCAGUAAAGCAUUCGGUACCGUUUUUUGCUCUUUCAAUUAAGAAAUACUCUCCAGUUCUGAUAGGACUGAUGCUAGCAGCAUCUACGCCAAUCUCUUUAGCAGCCUCCAUUGUUGUUUUGGAGCAAACUUCUCAAACACACCUAAUCAACCACACCCGUAGCUCAUGCCAUAGCUGCCAGUAGUUUCUCAAAAGGUGCUUAUUGGUCCAAACCGGUGUGGUCCGGACAAAAUGCACAUAGCUUGAAGCCUGACAAGAUGAAUUCUGUAGUACAACUGCCGGUCGGUUAGUUAUCAGGUUAUUUAACUGAAUAAAGGACAGCCACCAAACAUCUGUGACCACCUCUAAAUGUAGUAAAUGUGUCUGCUGAAGAACAAACACUUGCUGGUACCUUCAGUGGGCAUUGAGGCUGCAGCAGAGCCUUGACUGAGCGGUAUUGUAGCCACAUUGUAACCGCGAUGCAGCCGGAUUCAGUGGGAACGUAAGGGAUAUAUCCGUGUUGUGUCUAAAGACCACUGAAGCAACCACUGCGGGCAAAUAGCUAGCACAUGUAAGAACAAGUUAGUGAGAGAGGACUUUUUUGGAUCCUCGAGGUGCUUCACACCCAUAAAAGCCUGGACUGCAGUACAAUAAAGAUGAUUGUGAAUUACAAAACUGCCAACA